CUUUGGCUGGAUGUCUCCUGACCCACGUCACCAGCCUGACAGCCUCGCACCAAAUCAGAGGGCGGCGCUCGUCACCGGGAGCUCCUGCAGAUUAGAACUCGCCUCUCCUAGCUCCUCCCCUCAGUCCCAUUUAAAGCUCCCACCCGCUUAUCCGAAAAUUAAGAGUGGGCUGAGUUUCCUCAGCGCCUUCUUCCAGGGCAAGAUGAACACCGUUCUGCCUUGCCAAGACCAGUACUUUGUAGGAGGCCAGAGCUAUAAUUGUCCGUAUUCCGCUACAACGUCAGAAUCUAGUGUUGACGUUUCCACGGAGACUUGGGUCUCUUUCUGGGCUGCUGGUCUCCUGGACAACAGAGAGCCCCAACAGGCACCACAGACACAGGAACCAUCAGGUGACUCGAAUUUCCCUGUUCCUAAUUUGUGUUCAUGGGAAGAGGCUCAGCUUUCCUCUCAGCUCUACAGGAAUAAGCAGCUCCAAGAUACUCUGGUACAGAAGGAAGAAGAACUUGCUAGGUUACAUGAAGAGAAUAAUCAUCUCAGACAAUACCUGAAUUCUGCUCUAGUUAAAUGUCUUGAGGAAAAAGCCAAGAAAUUGCUGUCAUCAGAUGAGUUCUCCAAAGCAUGUAGAAAAUUCAGAAAGGGGAAGAGGAAACCCAAAGAGCAAAUAUAUUUUCCUCCUGAGAUUCCCCAUCAUAAAAAUGCCAAGAGAAGCCUUGCUAGUGAAUUUGCUAACUGUGGACAACAUGGACCCCCUGUGGAUCCCUGGGUUCUUCAGACACUGGGGUUAAAAGACCUCAACACCAUUGAUGACACCUCAUCAGCUAACUACAGUGCCCCCUCGUCUCAUGCCAGACAGACCACUAGCACAUUUCCCCAGUUUCUGGAUGAGGCAAUUGAUUAUCCCAAUGCCCCUGGGGAAGAUCUGCCAAUUGACUAUGGAGGUGAUAGAACAACCCCCUCGCAAGGCACUGCCAGCCACAGUGAAGAUUUUCACUUCCUUUCUCAACUUUCAAAUCCUCCAGGAGGACUACAAACUCUUCCUUUCUAUACUUCUGAUGUAUCACCCAAUAAGACAGAGAUGGCCUUUUCCACAUCCUUGAGCCCUCACUGUAAUGUGAAAACGCACUCCUUCCACCAGGGACAAGCUUUUGUUCGUCGAGAUGAAGAGGGAGGCUGGAAGUUUACCUGGGUCCCUAAGCAGUCUUAGUGACCCCCUCUUCUAUCACAGAGGACUGCCAUGAACUCUGUUUACAAGACCCCUCUUGCACUUGAACCUGACUAUGUGGAAAACACAAGCUAUUGCCCAGACAGUCUCCUGCCACUUUAAAUGUCACUCUCAAUUACCCACUUAAAUCUGCAGGGAAUGGCUUCCAAGAAUCCAUAA